AUGGCUUCCCAAGUCACCGAGGUCAGCCAAACCACCGCCACCGCCGGCAGCACGCCACCCCGUCGCAGCUCGGAUCCGGCGCUGGAAAUCCACAACCAGCACCAGCAUCAGCAUCUGCACCACAGCGCUCGUGUCGAUGCCAAGGGUCACGACGACAAUGUGACCUAUACACAGACUGGAGAGACAACUGUUCCGCACCAGAGCCACCUUCACGAGCAUGCCGUCGAACCCCACGAUAUUGAGAAGGGAGACAAGCUCAGCGGACCCCCUGAUUACGAUGGCGAGAAGACAGGUGUCGUAGCAUCCAACGACGAGGAAGAGAACAAGCCGUCCCGGUUCAAGACCCUCUACCGCCGCUAUAAGUGGGGUUUCCACCUCUUCAUCUUCUGCCUCUUCACAGGCUGGUGGAUCGCUUCGCUCAUUAAGCAUCGCAACGACAAGAACUGGGUCAUUCCGUUCCUUGUCUGGCUCUGCAUCUCACUGCGCCUCCUCUUCUUCUACGUCUCCAGCUCUUACAUCUCCCGGCCGAUCAAGUUCGUAUGGCAACACAGCGCCCUCGUCAUCUACAACGCCAUCCCUGAGAAGUUCCGCACUCUCGCUGGCGCUGCCGUGACGCUCGCUGUCAUGCUCGUCGGCUCUUUCGUCUCAGAGGAGUCGGCCGACAACAACCGCAAGAAC